AUGUAUCUUAGCUCACUUGGUGGGUUUUCCCCGAGCGCUAUUAGCUUCUGUAAUGAUAAGCUAACCUUCUUCCCCCAUGAAAUCGACCAGGAUGUUAUAGUCUUCACCCGGGCUUUUCAUCGUAACAAUUUGCUCAUCCUGAAGAACAUCUUCCAGCAUGAGAUAGGUCAUAUCCUCGGCCUUCGACAUGAAUUCGCUAUCGAAGACGAUGCAGCCAAGGACCUUUUACCUGAAGGACAGGGCGCUGUCUUAUUGGGGGAGAAGAAUUACUUUUCUAUCAUGAGCUAUAACCUCCCCCCAAAGUUUCAAGACAGCGACGGAAAUCAGACUCUUGGAUUCUACAACUUAGCGAAUGGACACAUGAUUAGUGGCAGUCCUGUGACUGACUUCCAGCCACAGAUUCGUCGCACCAAUAGGUAG